UUUACUGAUAAGAAUUUAGUGACAGAUUUCCCUUCAUAUUCUUACUGACUUUGGUGGCGCACUGCAUAAAUGCUUGUUUUGCAUGGCAGAGGUUACUGGGUUAAAUCUCAGUCAGGGUUGAUAUAGCAUGGUGACAUUUUUUAUUUUGCACUUAAAAUAUAUCAUUAAACUAUUUAUUUGCCACAAAGCCGUUCAUACAAAAUUGCAUUAAAUCAAAUUCAAGUUUAAUUAAAGUGUACAAAUAUUUUCACAAAUUUAAAAAAAAAAGGGUGUAAUGGGGAGUGACAAGGGCCUCCAAAAAAAAUCUGCAUAGGACUAUAAUUUGGUCUGCGGCGUUCCUGUUCCCAUCACACAAAAUACUUGGAUUAUUGGCACCAUACCAGUUGGACUAGUUACUUUGCUUCUUGAGUGCAGGCAUUACGGUAAGUAAUAGGUUUGGGCGAUAGUGGGAAUUUUGGUAUCAAUCCGAUACCAAGUAAAUGAAGAGCCACUACGUGAAAUGUCAAUCAUUUAGUAAUUUGUGAAUUUGUAUCUAGUUGAUUAAUACUAUGAUACAACAGGAAGAACUCUAUAACAAAAUCCUACUAUUCUAAAACAGUGUACUGGUUUAAAAUGCAUUGGUAAUACACUCAAUUAUACAACUAUCAGAGUAAAAAGUAAAUUGUGCAAACUUAGAAUGCAACAACAUAACAAACAUGUCAAAAUAACAUACUUAUACUGAGUGAGCAAUACAUAACUUGCUGGAUUUACAGACGAGAAACUGCAGCUAAAGCGUCGAUCCCAUCACGGUAGUAUCAAUCCGCUACCAAUACCCACCUUGGUAUCGGUACUAUCCAUGCCUAGAUCGAUCCGCCCCUCAAUAGAAAUUGGAUCGUGAGGAUCUGUUUAAAAGAUCCGUCUAGUUAUUAUAGGUUAGUUUGAUAAAGGAAACAAACACCGGUAGCACUUAAAAGACAAGAUGUAGAUCAGAAUAAAAAAAUAUGAAAUAUGUUUUUAUUAUUGUCGGACUCUGACUUGUCUUAUAGUUCAGGCGCCAGUCGGGUGACACACUCAUGCAACAUGGGUAGUUGAUAAUAAAAGGGGCUUCCGAACGCAUGUGCAAAUCGGUUCUCCGCUGUCACUUAAAGAGCUGGUCAAAAAAUUCGUUUCGUUCGCGAACGUCACAUCUGAGCGGCUAGCGCCUCGCAGUGAGACAAAGACGGUGGGUCCAUGGCAAUAUUUGACAAUCUUCCGCGAAACACAUAUUCUUUUUCUCAAGUUUCUAACAAGUCGUCGAGUGUUAAACAUUUGACUGCCAGUAGACAGUCAACAAGCUAGGCUAGGCCGCUAGCUUCAGUUUAGCAAUGUAGGCUACGUCAGCUAGCUCGGAAGCAAGCACGCAUCCCAAACAGCAGCCGUCCUCUCACUUUUGGCUUUGGUUCUUGUGGAAUGCAUCUGUCCAAGAAAUGUUCCGCCUUCAGAGUGGUGCUGAGUGCUCUCCUGCUGGUGGCGCUGCUGCAGCUCCUCUACUUGUCCUUCUUGUCCAAGUUCCACGGCAAACAGCAGCGAUACCGCUACUCGGAACUCUUUGGAGGCUCCCGUCCGGAGAACAUGGAACACCCCGAGAGGAACUCACGCAAGGAACGUCUGAGGUACUCUCUCUCCACGGGGGGCAUCUUUGACAACAGUGGACAGUACCGAGUGUACAAGAACCUGAUUAAAAGCGAGCAGAACCCGGCCAACAACGUCCUGACUUUGGCGACCCACGCGAGUAUCAACAACCUUCACCACCUCGAAGCUCUUGUGGAGAGGUGGCAGAACCCACUCUCAGUGGCUAUCUUUGCUCACGGACAGGAUGUCAAGUUUGGCACGGCUCUGGUGUAUGCGCUCAGCGUCCUGUGUCCUCACGUCCAGGCCCUGGUGGACUUCCACCUGGUCUGCCUCUCGGGGGAGACGGCCAGCUUUCCCGAGCAGGACCACCAGCACUUUGCAGGCCUGGACGACUGUGCCGCCGUCUUUUCCAGGCUAGACUCCCACAGGGACAAAUACAAAAACUAUGUCAUCAGUGGAAACGUAUCCUACCCCAACAACCUUCUUCGGAACGUGGCCCAAGGAGGCGCAGAGUCGUCUUACAUCCUGGUGAUGGACAUGGACAUGAUGCCCAGCGCCGACCUGCACCGAGACUUCCUGGCCAUGGUGGUGAGGCGCGAGCCGGUCCCCAACCAGGUGUUUGUCUUACCUGCAUUCGAGAUCCGCCACGCCAGAAAGAUACCGGCUACCAAGGCCGAGCUGGUGCAGCUCUACCAGGUGGGCGAGGUGCGGCCGUUUUACGAGGAGCUGUGUACUCGCUGCCAAGCCCCUACCAACUACUCGCGGUGGGUCAACGGCCACGUCCGAGGCAGCGACGCCCUGGAGGUGGCCUACACGCUCACCUGGACUGAUCCCUGGGAGCCCUUCUACAUCGGCCCGCGUGGCGUGCCGCUCUACGACGAGAGCUUCAAGCAGUACGGCUUCAACCGGAUCAGCCAGGCCUGCGAGCUUCAUGUGGCUGGAUACCGCUUCUCUGUUCUAAACUCGGCCUUCCUGGUCCACCGCGGCUUCAAGAUCCAGGGGGAGUUCCACGCCAAGAAGGACGAGGAGAACAAACGCAACCGGCUUCUGUUCCGCAGCUUCAAAGAGGCUCUGAAGAGCAAAUAUCCAUCAUCUAGCAGGAGAUGUUGAGAACACUCGUUUGGACUCCUGAAACCACAUUUCGGUCAAUGACACUGGCGGCCACUAGAUGGCAGCAGGCGCCCUGAUGGUACUUGGGUGUUGCCAGUGCAUGUGAUGCGCUGCAACAGGGCCCAGUAAAUCAGAUGUCUUCAUGUUUGUCAGCCUGUCCACGUAGCAUCUGUAGUGCCUGAGCCUUUGUUGUCAUUUCUGCACAGUAUUUAUUGUAAAGUCUUACGGUUAUUUAUGCUACGUUGCACUGAGUUGUAUUUCUUUUGACUUUGUACUGUUUCUUAAUAAAGCUGCAGGAGGACAACGGCCAAAACAAACCCGCAUUUUUUUAAAUAAAUGAACGUAACAUUUUUUAACAAAGUAUUUAUAACCGGAGUAAAAGUCCAUGACCCAUUUGGAGUAGCAGCAUUGCUCUAUUUAAAUUUAACAAGCUGAAUUGUAUUCCCCAACUGUCUGAAUCUGCUUAAAGUGUCCAAAGUGCAGACCCAAAGGCCAUUUUUGUUUGCAGCUCAUUUUAAUUGGGCCUCAGCAUAUUUGGUAAAAUCCGAUCUUUUUAUGUAUAGUUGUUCACAUUACCCCAAAAUUGUACUCGUAUUUUGUGUAUAACCUUUAAUAAAUGAAAUAUUUUUGUGCAGUAGGGCUGCAAAUUGAUUAUUUUAGUAAUUGAGUAAUCUAUCGAUUAGUUUGUUCGAUCAAGCAAGUAAUCGGAAAACCCCCACUUAAUAGCCUCAACAUGCAUUUCAGAGAAAAUGGUAUAAAUAAAGAUUGUUC